UGAAUACCAGGGCCUGGUGAAGCACACAGGAGGCUGCCACUGUGGAGCAGUUCGUUUUGAAGUUUGGGCCUCAGCAGACUUGCAUAUAUUUGACUGCAAGUACCGGAAUUAUAUAUGAAUAAUAAGCACAUACGAUGGAAUUACUCAAAUGGAGAACUGACCAGGCUACUAACAAUAGAGUCCAGAUUGGAAAAGAAGCACUGUGGAAUAACUUGUGAGAGGAUUCUAUACUAAAUUAGAACUUUUUCAAAGGUGGCCUGAAAAGAGGGGACUUCAGUUUAAUUCCAGAGAUGGUAAUUCUGGGGACGUGUUUUACUUGGAGCUGGACUUUUUGUGACAUGGUGAUGAAGAAAGAGGGCAACCUAAACAUCCUUGUCCAUUUUUGAUGUGGAUGUCUCAGAGACAUCAGGUUGUAGAAGUGUCUGAAAUUUGUUUUCUAAGUGUCUCUGAAGUCCAGCGCUUCUCCUUCACUAUAAAGAACUGGGGGGUGGGCAGUACAGACGUGUCUGUUGGUCCUGUGUUCUGAGCAUUGUGGAGCCUCGACUGCUGACUUGGGACCCCCCCGGGCUCUGCUGUACCUGCAAACCAGAGGCCCUGGAUAUCCAGGCCUUUGCCCCAGCUCCUCAGCCCUGGAUGGUACUGAAAAGAGCCUUAUCUGUGGGGUCGGCUGGCUCUGAAAACGUAUCAGGCUGGGCUGCUCAGGCACAGAGGACGCAGGUGGCUGCUCACAAUCUGGAAUUGCUCUCUUUCUGUAGCUGCAGCAUUUGCAAGAAGAAGCAGAAUAGACACUUCAUUGUUCCAGCUUCUCGCUUCAAGCUCCUGAAGGGAGCUGAGCACAUAACGACUUACACAUUCAAUACUCACAAAGCCCAGCACACCUUCUGUAAGAGAUGUGGCGUUCAGAGCUUCUAUACUCCACGCUCAAACCCUGGAGGCUUCGGAAUCGCCCCCCACUGCCUGGAUGAGGGCACUGUGCGGAGUAUGGUCACUGAGGAAUUCAAUGGCAGUGAUUGGGAGAAGGCCAUGAAAGAGCACAAGACCAUCAAGAACAUGUCUAAAGAGUGAGCUUCUGCCUCUCCUGCCCUGAAAAGGAGGAAUGAUUGGGGCCAGCAACUUCGCUUUCCUUGCCGUGCCUCGGUGGUGCUCCUGAAUGUGGCUGACCUGGGCUGCUGGUUCCGUUGACUAGGGCCAUCUUGAUCUCUGCAGUUUGCUCCAGCUACCAGUUUCUUUAGGCAGCUCUUUGUCCUCCCUCUGCCCAGAUUUUGAUGUAGUCUAGUUGACAUCCUUCUCUUCCCAACUUUUGUGUGAUCUUUUAGGAAAAAAAAUAAAUAUUUUUAACAUUAAAGCAA